ACUCUGACGCAUUUCAUUAUCGGUACCGCGUGAGUACUUCUCCGUGAAAGAAAACACACCCGAAAACGAACUUCCAAUCGAGAGUCGCCGGGGCACCGUGAAGGAGAAGUCGAAGAAUACGACGACGCUCAAGAACCAUGAAGACGUUCAUCCUCUCGUUGGCGCUCAUAAUUGGGCUCUCGCACGCUCAGGAAGGAUUCACUCUCACCGACGAGCAGACUUUGACAAUAAAACUUGGCUUAUGCCCGACCGUUGACUACAUGACGUGUCUCGAGCCCGGCAUAGCGAAAGAUCGAGCUCUGAAACCAUGUACAUCGAACUCUGACUGUUACAUCGAUGUCGGAUCUUUCUGUUGUCCGUCAAAAUGCGCUGGAAUGAGAUGCUCGCGAGAAAAUACCGAGCAUUUCAUUGAAGAAUAUUGCCCGAAAUAUGAGCCCCAGCAUAUUCUUCGAAACUGUCCGAAACUCGAUGAAAGCUGCCACAUUGAUUGUCGGUGCUGCGUGGAUGCUGGGAGCUGCAGCCGUAAAUGUCUAGAUUGAAAUAAAGUGCCUA